UCGGAAACUCCGUGACCAUUCAGUAACUCCUUAUCCACAAAGGUUCAAAGGUCCCUGGAUGACUCAAGCGGUGCACAAGCAGGGCGUUCUCUGCACAAAAAAGCUCACCAGAGAACUCCCCAGAUCGUGCUAAAUUCCCUAAAUCGCGCUAAAUUCCCCGCGGGGGACUAAGACCCCUCCCGCUAAAUUUCCUGACAGGGAACCAAGACCCCUGCCGCCUCCCCUCAGCACCGGGGGCCGACAAACAACGGGCGUGCCGCGGCCCCGGCGGGGGUUCACCGGUGAAAUUAAAAUCCUCCGGAGCUCGGCAGGGCUGCGGGGCGCCGGGGGCACCGGGCCCGGUCGCGCCCUUCAAAAUGGCGGCGGCGGGGCUGGGCCCGACCCGGCUGUUCCUCGGCCGCCGCCCCGGGGCUCUGCGGGCGCUCCUCGGCCUCGCCCGGGGCCUCGCCGCCGGGCCGCAGACGCAUUUCGGCUUCCAGAACGUGUCGGAGGAGGAGAGGAGGGAGAAAAUUUAUCAGGUCUUUGAAAAUGUGGCCGAGAAAUAUGAUGUAAUGAAUGAUUCAAUGACUCUGGGGAUUCAUCGGGUGUGGAAGGAUAUCCUCGUUCAUAAAAUGAAUCCUUCCCCAGGAACGCUUCUUGUUGAUGUUGCUGGAGGAACAGGUGACAUUGCCUUUCGAUUUAUUAAUUAUGUUCGCUCCAUACGAGAACGCCAACUCCAGCAGAAGCUUAAGCGCCAUCAGAAUUUGUCGUGGCAGGAAAUUUCUAAGAGUUACGAGGAAGAAAAAGUUAAGCCACUAGGGGAUUCCCAAGUUGUGGUCUGUGACAUUAACAAAGAGAUGUUAAAAGUUGGGAAGCAAAAAGCACAGCAUCUUGGCUACUCUGAAGGCUUGUCCUGGGUGCUUGGGAAUGCUGAAGAGCUGCCCUUUGAUGAUGAUAAAUUUGAUGUUUACACAAUUGCCUUUGGAAUACGAAACGUAACUCGUAUCGAUUUGGCACUUCAGGAGGCCUAUCGUGUGCUGAAACCAGGAGGGAGAUUUCUCUGCCUUGAAUUUAGUCAUGUCAGCAACCCUCUUCUUUCCAGGCUCUAUGAUCUCUACAGUUUCCAGGUUAUCCCUGUUCUGGGUGAGAUUAUCGCUGGUGACUGGAAGUCUUACCAGUAUCUUGUGGAGAGCAUCCGACGCUUCCCCCCUCAGGAGGAGCUGAAGGAAAUGAUAGAAGAUGCAGGGUUUUUUAAAGUGGAUUAUCAGAAUUUAUCCUCAGGCAUAGUUGCCAUUCACUCAGGUUUCAAACUAUGAGCCUACUAUGUAGCAAAACACAGGAAGUAUAAUUUUCCUGAGUAAUCUGAAAGCUUGGAAUUUUAACUCUAUGAAGAUAGAAGAGGAAAGCUUUAAGAGCUGGUGCAGCAGAUACUUGCUCAGUAGACAGGCCCAGAAGAAUGUCGGCAACCUUUUUCCCCUCAAGACCUGAGGAUGAAGUGAUUUUUGUGGUCGGUUUUGUACACUUGCAGUUCUUCAAGUCCACCACAAAGGACGUGGCCAAAACUGAGCAUUACUAACUAAUGGAGAAACUUCAGUUACACCUGAUGUGGGUACACAAAUGGACUGACUGGUCUUCAACUGAGAUACCUCCUGUCUUUUCCUCAGCCUCAAGGGGGCUGUCAUAGCAGUGAGAAGUGACUUGGAUUGAUUAAACCUGUAUUAAGUUGUCAUUGUCUUUCAGUCGUGUGGACUUUAAGGGGCUUUUCCAUGGUCCUUUUACUUCUUUCAAACAAAUGGAAGGCUUACAAAAUAAAAUAGCUAUGCAUCAA